GAGCCUGCGAUUAUGUUUGGAGGCUGGAACAGACUUGCGUAAAUCAUUGAGCAAUCUCUGUUCUCCUGCGAAAUCUCUUUCUGUGUAUAAUAGUGUUUCAGUCCCCAGUUUCUACCUCUGUUUGGCGGUUCAGGCUAAUGAAGAUAAAAUGCAUAUACUAACCCGUGUCCUAUUUUUGUGGGUGCAUAUGCUGACCUUCGUGAAAAGUCAAGAUUGCACACUUCAACAAUUUUUAAGCGGGCCCCUGUACGAUUCAAAUUUUGACACAACUGGUCUGGAGGCCAGCUACCCCGGUGGAAAGCAAGUGAGAGUGAGCUGCAGUAUCGGUUACAGUGGCUUUUUCAGGCUCGUCUGUGUGGAGGGUAAAUGGCAGUCCAGGGGCACUAGAUGUCAGCCAAGACCAUGUGGUCAUCCCGGCGAUGCGCAGUUUGCAGAUUUUCAUCUGGAGAAAGGAGACGAUUUUGUCUUUGGGUCACAAGUUGUAUACACCUGCCACAAAGGUUAUCAAAUGAUCAGUCGGACAAGCUCCCGGCGCUGCAUGGCGGAAGGAUGGGAUGGUGUUGUUCCUGUCUGUGAAGCCCUUCAGUGCCCAGUGAUUCAUGUGAAUAAUAACGUUCAGGUGAUUGGGGACCCAGAGGAAGCAACCUACGGCAACGUACUUCGAUUUCGCUGCAAGUCCAACGCUGAAAUCCUGUUUGGGGCAUCAGAGAUUUAUUGUAAUGAACAUGGAGAGUGGAGUGAGGAUGCUCCAACCUGCAAAGAGAUAAAAUGUGCAGUAGUCGCGAUUGAACAUGGGUUUGUGGUUGGAGAUGUCCAAGAGUACAAAGAACAUGAAAUCCUGCAUUUUACAUGCAACCGUGGAUAUAAGCGCACUGAGGACAGACCCUCAAAAUGCACCAAACUAGGACUGAGAGCAGAGUGGAGCCCCACACCUGCGUGUGAACCAAUAACAUGUAAACUGUCACUGCCGCCACUCGAAGGAACCACGUAUGAACCUGCUUACAGAAAUGUAUUUUCACCUGGUGACACAGUAAGAGUAACAUGUGGAGAUAAGCACUUCAUUUCUCAGCCUCAGAAGACAUCAGCAGAAUCUACAUGCACAGAGGAGGGACAGUGGACUAUCAGACCCGUAUGCCAAGUGGUUACCUGCAGCAAUCAACGAGACCGAAAUGUGUAUUACUGGAGUGUGACUUGGGGAGAAAUAAUAACAUUGGGUGAGACGGCAAGUUAUAGGUGUAGCAGAGGCUACAGGAAGCCAGUUGGCAUCAACUUGGCCGAAUGCACAAGAAAUGGGUGGAGCCCAGAUCCGCUGUGUGAAGAAAUCACUUGUGACAGACUUGAUGUCCAGAAUGCAAUUCUUGGCGGCAGUAAGCAGAAAUACCGUUCCAAUGAAUGGGCCACUUAUUACUGCAAAGAAGGUUAUAGAGGACAAUUUUCUCUAACCUGUACAGAAAGUGGAUGGAGAGGAAAUCCGGACUGUACACCAAUAACAUGCAACAGACAACAUUACCAGCAUGCAGACAUUGUGGGAAUCCCUCAGUCAGUAUACCAGUACAAGGACAAGGUUGAGUAUGUCUGCAAGAAUGGCUAUGUGGGAAGUUUUUCUCUAACCUGUGAGGAAGGAGGUUGGACCGGGUCUAGACAAUGUUCAGAGAGACAGUGUAAAAGACCUGAGAUCAGCAAUGCAUACGUUAUCCGCAACGACAAAGAAAGUUACAACAGCGAGGAACGAGUCCAAUAUGCAUGCAGGAACGACAUGGAAAAGCGUUUUACUGUUACCUGUGAACAAGGUCGUUGGAUUGGGAUUCAGAACUGUUUUGGAUGUCCAGAAGCUGAUGUUCCAAAUGGAUUUACUGUUGGCCCAUACAAUGAGACACUGUACUACUCCUGUAACGAUGGUUAUAAGUUUAGCACCAAAGGCUGGUGGCGUAAAGCCACGUGUGAUGGCCGCAGUUGGUCUGGAUUUGAUCAGUGCAUCGAGAAAAGCCAGUGUGGAGAAAUUCCUGUGAUUCCAAAUGGGAAAGUGGAGUCUCAAAACAAAGUUUAUGAUCAUGGCGAAAACCUUAAGAUUACUUGUAAGACAGGAUACACACCUGAGCCUGAUGACUUAAUUUGUCAGGAGGGAAAAUGGCGUUCAGAUGGACCACUCAAAGCAAUCUGUACACCUAUUGAAAAACACUGCGGUCCCCCUUCUAAGGUUGAAAAUGCUGUUAUUUUGACCUCAUACCAGAGGGAAUACUUGUCUGGCUCUGAAGUAACUUAUCAGUGCCGCGAUAAUUAUACACUGGAGGGAGAAGCCACAAUUAGAUGCAACAAUGGGAAAUGGGAGAAGAGGAGCAUCAAUUGUACACUAAAGCCAUGUCAACUUCCUGAUGAUACUCCCAAUGGCUAUUAUCAAAUUAUCCAGGGGGAAGACUUUGUUUUUGGAACAACUAUCAAAUACUAUUGCAAUGAAGGGUAUCAAAUGGUGAGCAAGACCGACACCCGGAUUUGUUUGCUGGACAAAUGGACUAAUCAUGUGCCAGUAUGUGAACCUUUGAGCUGUGACCACCCACCUAUAGAUGAAGGCAUUACAGUAAGGGGCUUACCAGAAAAUGAUGAUCCCAUACUUCCUGACCGAUUCCUCACAUUCAGCUGUGAGGGCCGUGGGAAAUAUCUGAAUGGCAGUUCAGUGCUCAUAUGUGGGAAAGACGGACAGUGGGAUAAUCCAUUCCCCACUUGUGAAGAGAUCACUUGUAAAGCUGGCGUGAUGCACCCUCAUCUCAGAGUAGUCGAUUCACUACCAGCAAAUAAAACUGUGAAGAUUGGAGAGAUGUUGAGGUUUUAUUGCGACAAUGAUUACAACCUGGAGGGGUCUGCAGUAAUUCAGUGUUUACAAACUGGGCAGUGGAAUGUCCCCUUUCCAACUUGCAGGGAGAAAUGCAGAGUCACGGGAAUACCAGACAACGUAAACGUCUCACCAUCUGUACGACAGCUAACAAUGGGACAAAAGUUGACGUUUUCUUGCCGCCUGCGUAGUCACGUUAUUCGUGGGGCAGCAGAAGUUAAAUGUUUAGCAAAUGGACAGUGGAGUGAUACCUUUCCAACCUGUGGAGCUCCUUUAGGUUGUGGGAGACCACCAGCUCUUGCAGAUGGAGACACCAAGGAAACCAUUCAGUUCAGGUACAGACAUAAUGACAGGGUUGAGUUCAUCUGCCAGAAUUUCUACGUUAUGCAGGGUGGGCCCUUCAAAACAUGCCUCAAUGGUGAAUGGACUGGAGAGAUAACAUGCCUCAAACCCUGCACUGUGGACAGAGAACUCAUGAGCAGAUAUAAUAUUGCAUUCAGAUAUACCUAUCAGGAUAAGCUGUAUUCAGCCCAUAAUGAUGUAAUCGAGUUUGCCUGUAGGAGAGGAAGACAUACCGGCUCACUGGGAAUGCGUCAGAAGUGUAUUGAUGGUGUGAUUCACCUGCCUUCUUGCCAGUGAGGGUUUUUAGUCAUCUGGAUAUGAUUGACAUGAGCUGUCUGGACAAACAAUGUAUUUGAUCAAAUAGAGCAAAGACUCAUGUACUUUUCCAGGGUCCACAUUUUAGUGCUAAGUGUGGUCAUUUUAAUAAAGCAUGUAUGCUCACUCAACACGUAUUAUGACAAUAAAGUGUAUGUGUCCCAUCUUGACCUUUAAUUGUGCUAAGACAAAGAAGUGUGUCUGCUUUUCUGGAGAAAACGUCUUCUCAGGCAGACAAAAAUACAACAACUGCAUGUGUAACUGUCUGUAUAGGCUGUGCUAAAUAUGAAAAUACAUGCAUCACAAAGAGUUGUAAAUGACACAAAGUUGUUUUAUACAUGGAUUUGUACUGUAUGAAAAUAAAGCAUAAUGCUGAGUAAACAGUCUACAGCUUUCAACAAGUGACCCUUUACAAUUCAUGUUCCUGGGUGGAAGUAAUUAAAGAAAGUAAACUUUGAUUUAGCUGCUUUUGGAGGCAGGUGGUAUUUAUAUUAAACCUAAAAUAAAGCUGUGGCAA